UCGAUCACUGCUCCCAGAUCGGCGGUCCCGGGGCGGCUCUGCCGAUAGAAACGGAAGAGUUUCCGAAAAGCAUCCUCCCCCGGCUCAGCGGCCAACGCCGCCAUCUUCCCCAUCGUUCCCAUCAUUCCCCGAAAGGGCUCCCGACCCGGAAGGACGUCACCAGAUCCACUUCCGGACUGCUGACUGCUUCACCUUGGCGAGUGGUGCGUGCUUGCGGGUCUCCAAAUCGGCGAGUUGCCGGCUUCCCCAAUGGCUGCUGCGACGUAUUUGCGUUCUGCAUUCACGGGGCGGUCUUUGGCCACGGUUUUUGUCAGUCGCAUUCCCUGGACGGCUGCCUCUAAAGAGAUCAAAGAACACUUCAGUCAAUUUGGUAAUGUGAAAAGAUGUUUCCUACCAUUUGAAAAAGACACAGGCUUUCAUAAAGGUCAUUGUUGGGUUGGAUUUUCUUCAGAAGAAGAACUUCAAAGAGUAUUACAGCAAGAAAAUCAUUUCAUUGAUGGAGUCAACGUCAUUGUUCAGCGCCAAAGACGAGAUAUGAAGGAGGAGAAUAAUCUGGAAUAAUGUAUUAAUAAAUUGUGAAAUAAAAAUGUUAUGCUAUGAAAA